GUGGUCGGUAUAGCUAUACAGAUACCUACUUUACAUACAGUUGUGCAUCGACUUGCAUUUUCUGCGUAAUACUUUUUGUCGAGUACAUGAGUAAAUACUUUCACGCCAGUGCGAAAAUUAAUUUACUUGAAUUGAAAUUAACGUUAUUACGGCCUAUACUUAUUAUCGCCUGAUUAUUUACUGAAUUAUUUUCAAAAUUUUAACGCCACCUUACGCGGACAAAUCGAACUACGAGACACCAUCUUGGCAAGUUGUGUGACAGUGUGAAAGUCUACUGUAUCUGAUACAGUAUAUUUUUCUGCUACAAGGUAGUUAUGUGCCACUUUUGACUGUCUCUGCAAUGACAUUUUGUCACCUGUCAAAUCAAAUAUUUGACAGGAGAAAACACAGGAAGAAGAAGUAUUUAACAUGAGUGACUUCAACAUUCCAAUAAUUGAACCUACUGUCGAUUAUACAAAGGUUCCCCCUAUCAACCAGAAAAGGACAAUAGCUUUCAUAAACCAUUUUAUUGCUCAUACUAUAACUUUUUUGAACAAAUUUGCGCUCUCUUGUGAGGAGAAACUAUUCGAUUUUGAGAAUAAGUUACAAAGAGUUGAAGCGUCGUUGGCGAUUUUAGAAGCAAGGUUGUCAUCUAUUCCAGCAGUAGAAAAUGAGCCACAGCAGGCAGUACAGGCUCCAACUGCUGAGGUUGAGGAUAAAAGCAAAGUUGAGGAAACACAACAGGUAGAAGUCACUGCACAAGAAAUUGACGAACCUGACAAUGAAGUUCCUAUAGAGCCUAAGGUUGAAGAGACUGAAACCCAGCCAAUAAGUUCAGAUCCUCAAUAUGCUAAAUAUUUUAAAAUGGUUCAUUUUGGUGUACCAAAACAAGCUGUUAAAUUAAAGAUGCAACAGGAAGGAUUGGAUUCAUCCAUGUUGGAUACUCCAAACAAAUUGGUUCCAAAACCAAAAUCUGCUGAUUCGGAUGUGAAUGCAGAAAGUUAAAAAAUCCAUAUAGGUUUAAUAAGUGUAUUUUUGUUUGUACAGAUGUUUAAAAUAACAAAAAAGAAAAUUUACAAACCAGUUAAGAUUUUAUUUUAUUUUUAUUAAAUACAGUCCCUUAAAGUUAGAAAAAGAGUUAACUUCUUAGAACUGAAUCAUCUGGCCCUGAAACACAAAAA